UUUGGAGAAAACCCGCGAUCUAGUUUCUAGGUAGCUUUCCAUGUCAUUACAUUAGGUGUUUAUUCACAGUAUAGUUGCUGCUGACAGCAGCACAGCCGUGGUGCUGAUUUUCAAACUCAUCCGCUCCUUCUUUCCGCCAAACUGUUAUUCCACCAGAACGUUCUUGUGACGUCAUACUUACCAAAUUAGUUCCCUUCAUGGAACGACCAGAUUGGAGCACCUAUGUCACAAAGGAAGGAUCUAUUAGCAUCAAGAAUAAAGUUCGCACGGCGACUAUUGUCGAAGAAGCCAGCGUUCGCAUCAACUUUGCGUCGCAAGUUGCUGCUGUAGUAGAUGCGCCGUCGAAGGACUCUGCUCCGCAGUCCGCUGCUGGAGAGCUUCGGUCCCAACCUGAGACAGAGCCUCGGAAGAAGGGCCGGGAUGCGUCGUCCACUUCAGAUCAGGAUCGGAAUAUUGCAAGGAGGGAAGGGGCAAAAGCGCAUGACAGUUCGCACUCGGCGAAACAAGAAUCGCCGCUGCAACGGCCACAGCAGCAGCAGCAGCAGCAGCAGCAGCAUAAGCACCAUCAACAGCAGCAGCAGUCUGGAGCCCAGACGAAGCGGCAGAGGCAGGAUGUGUCAUCGCCAGCAUCUGGACAUCGAGACGCCUAUUCCAGGCGCCUUCUUCCCCCAGAGGCGCUUCCCUGGGCGGCGCUGGCGGGGGGCGCGGUGGCAGCAGUCGCAAUGGCAGCAGCAGGUAUACGCAGGUCGCCAGGGCAGCAGCAGCAGAUCCAGCAGGGGCCCAGUUACAGCACCCACCACCACCGAUGCGAGGACGCCCAGCCUCUGCCGUUUCGCCGGCCGUCCGAAGCCUCGUGCUGCACCACUGCUGCGUCGGGGAUACAGAGCGCAGGGGGGAAUGGGGGGAGAGGGGGCAGAUGCAGGGAGGAUGGGGUGAGGGUGAGUAGUCACGGCCGAAGUGAAAGGUCCGGAGGAGGAGGAGCAGGAGGAGGAGCAGGAGGAGGAGCAGGAGGAGGAGGGGGAGGAGGAGGGGGAGGAGAAGCAAGAGCAGCCGGAGCAGGUGAAGCACGAGGAGGAAGGAAGAAGACCACAUGUGAGCGCGCAACGGGCGAGGAGGGGAGCGGGAGUAAAGGAUCAGCAGCCGCAUGCUCCCCUCGCAACUCCACCACCAGUGCUCUUGAACGGGACUUACGAGGUCUCUCUCUCGCAGAGAAGCAAGCACAGGGAUCUGGAGGAGAGUCCACAGCUGCAAUCGGGAUGCGGGAUGCGGCUAAAGCUGCUGCUUCUGCCACGGCUGCUAGACGUAGUAAGGGUGGUGCUUGUGGUGGUGCGUGUGGUGCUGCUGAUGCUGGCAGUGGCAGUGGUGUCAGUGCUGGUGCUCCGGGUGCUCCUAACUCAAGUGAGGAGGGGAAAGACGGCUCUCCUGCGUCUGUGCUCCGCCGCUCCAGGGGCAAGGCAGGGGGGGCGACGCCCCAUAUGUGCACGACAGGGGGAGUGGCGCCUCAUAGGGGCAAGGUGGGUGAAAGAGCUUCACCCUGCUCGACGCACAGCAAGCACGGGACUGGGGGCGUAUGAGGAGGGGGUUCGGGACGAAUGGCACAGGGGAUA